UGCAUUACGGGGACAAUUCCAGCUGAUCAAUUAGAUUUGAAGGAGAAAAAGGUCGAAUUAUUUCAGAAGGUCGUAUUCAAAGUUUCACGCAUUCCGAAGAAACGAUGACCGAUAGUGAACACACACAGGCAGGUCCAAGCUAUGAAGAAGUCCAUGAGAUUGCAAAGACUCUAGAAGGGAAAACAAAAUACAGACCAACACUAGGUAUUGUUUGUGGAUCUGGACUUGGAGGACUUGGCGAUUUAGUAGAAGAAGCUGACAUCAUACCCUAUGAUGAAAUACCACACUUUCCAGUCAGCACAGUUCCUGGACACAUGGGAAAGCUGGUUUUUGGAAAGUUGAAAGGACAGAUAGUGGUAUUAAUGAGAGGAAGAUUACAUUGCUAUGAAGGAUAUCCUAUGUGGAAGACAACAAUACCUAUUCGUGUUAUGAAGGCUUUAGGAGUAGAAACAUUAUUUCUGACUAAUGCAGCAGGAGGUAUCAAUCCUGAUUUUAACACUGGUGAUAUUAUGAUUAUUAGAGACCAUAUAGACUUUGCUGGAUUGUCUGGUGAAUGUGUACUCAGGGGAGCUAAUGAUGAAAGAUUUGGACCCAGGUUUUUAGCUACAGUUGGUACAUGGGAUGAUGCUAUGAAUGAGUUAGCUGAGAAAGCUGCCAAAGAAUUAGGACUUGGAGAUAUACUACGACGAGGUGUUUAUGUAAUGAUAGGAGGACCUACAUUUGAAACUGUAGCUGAGUCCAGGCUAUUGAAAAAUUUUGGUGCAGAUGCAGUUGGUAUGAGUACAGUAGCUGAAGCCCUUGUUGGACGUCACAUGGGUAUGAAGGUGUUUGGUAUAUCAUUGAUUACAGAUAAAUGUUGUCUGGACUACACUACAGCAAAGGUUACAACACAUGAAGAAGUUUUAGCAAUAGGUCAAAAGAGGGCUAAAGAUCUGCAAAGUUUAGCUCUUAAAAUUUUAGAAUUAAUGCAAUAAGUUUAAGCAUAAUUU